AUGGCGCACUACUACCCUGACGACUACGACUACGGCCACGACCCUCCGCCUCGACAGCGCCGCCGAGACCGAGCCCCGCCCUAUCCGUACGAUAACCACAGCAUGAUGAAGAACGACGACUACUUCCCUCCCGCAGCCGACGCGCGAGGCCGACCGCCACCGCCGCCUGCUGGGCCUGCGCCUGGGCUUGGGCCUGGGAAUGCCCACCUGCCCCCUCCACCAAUGGGAGAGGCGCUAGACGGGGACGCGGAUCUGCGCCCGGCUCUCAAGCGAGAGGGCAGCCGCAACAGACUCUCACCCGAAACACGACCUCAGUUCCCGGACGAGGCUUCCUAUCUCGGCUCCACCGCUCCUGACCUCGAGAGGAAGAACCGACCGAAAGACCGCGCCUUUCGCGACCUGCGUGACGGCUACGAGUCCGACGAGGGCGAGGCUCACCGGAAGAUGAUGGGAGGCAGCGGCCGCCGCAACAAGGGCGAGGACGGCAGAGGAGGGCCACCGCGGCGUCCGAAGCCAGACAGACCAUACCCGCCGGACGACGCCCAGAUGUCCCGCCGUCCACGAGAUGACGCUCCGCCAUACGAUGAUGCUCCGCCGCGCAGACGACGUCGAGAUGCUGAUUACGACGAUGAUUAUCCACCACCUCGUCGAGGAAACGACAGACCGCCUCCAGACGUAGAAUACGGGUCAGAUCCAAUCCCAGCACGUCGACGCAGCGAGCGGCGUCCUCCCCCACGUCGGUCAGACUACGACGAUGAUUACGACGAUUACGAUGACUACAGACCAAGACGCCGUCGAAGCCACGAGGACCACCGCCAGCGUCCUUCACGCAGAGACGACGACUACUACUCCGACGUGGCACCGCGCCGACGAGGCGAUCGUUACGAUGACUACGAUCGUCCUCCCCGCCGAGACCGCAGUCGCAAACGAUACAGCGACGAAUACUCAGACGACGACAGGUACGAUCGGAGGGAUAGGGACAGGGACAGGGACAAGGACAGACGCCGGGACAGAAGCCGCCCGCCAAAGGAGAUCAAGGUUGGAAACUACGACAUUGGACCGCUGGUUCAGAAGGGACAGAAGCAUUGGGGAACGGUAGCUCCGAUCCUGACUCCGCUCGUCAUGGGCAUGGCUCGGAAGUAUAUGAGCGGAGGCGGCAAGCGUUAG